CCCGAUUUCACGCCAGCGUCAAAAUUAUUCACGGAAAUUUGCUUCCGACGUCAAUCACCCGCACAUAUUCCUCACCAAACGAGUUAUCGCUUGGAAGACUGAUUCACGAUGUCCAAAAUCACAGUCGCCGGAGUGCGUGGAAACGUCAAGGAGCUCCUUGAUUACUCCCUCAAUGAGAAGAAGAGGAACUUCCUCGAGACGGUCGAGCUCCAGAUCGGCCUCAAGAACUACGACCCCAUGCGUGACAAGCGUUUCUCCGGAACCGUCAAGCUCCCCAUUGUGCCCCGCCCGGGAAUGAGCGUCUGCAUCCUCGGUGACCAGCACGAUAUUGAUCGUGCGAAGCACCACGGUGUCGAGUUCAUGUCCGUUGAUGACUUGAAGAAGCUCAACAAGAACAAGAAGCUCAUCAAGAAGAUGGCUCGCAAGUACGAUGCUUUCAUCGCCUCCGAGCAGUUGAUCAAGCAGAUCCCCCGUCUUCUCGGACCCGGUCUGUCCAAGGCUGGAAAGUUCCCUACUCCCGUCUCCCACGCCGAGGACCUUGCCAACAAGGUCAACGAUGUCAAGAGCACCAUCAAGUUCCAGCUGAAGAAGGUUCUUUGCUUGGGUGUCGCCGUUGGAAACGUCGGCAUGACCGAGGACCAGUUGAUUGGUAACAUCAUGUUGGCCAUCAACUACUUGGUUUCGCUCCUGAAGAAGGGAUGGCAGAACGUGGGCUCCUUGACCAUCAAGGCGUCCAUGUCGCCUCCCAAGCGUGUCUACUAAGCGGGUCUUUUUUUGCUGGGCUGUUGGGACUACGUAUUCGGUGAUUUGUAUCGAUAGUUAGACAACUCGGCGAGAAUAAGAGUCUGUGGCAAGC